CUCGUGGAGAUUACAACAAAAAAAAAUCAAUACGAGGGGAAAAAGGGGAAAAGGGUGUGAAGGAAAAAAGGGUCGGUAAUCUCAGGGAGAACGCCUCGUUUAGUUCUUCAACGUCAACAAGCUUUUUUUUUUUUCAAUAGUUUUUGUUUAUGACAUUGCCUCUUCUCUGCUUCGGAUUUCUCUUGGUUGGGAUUCCUUCCUCUGUCCGCCUUCUGAAUCGAAUCGGGUGGCAUUCUGAUGGAUUGCGAGGAAUAUGGUUCUAUUGCCCCAGAUGCUCGUGGUUCUGACUCGGCCGAUGAGAAUGCUUGUGUUAUGGGCUCUGAUCAUGUAAUGGGUACUGUUGAAAUCGAUAGAGAUGAUGGGUUGAAGAGAGUUAGCUUAUGCUCGGUUGCCCGUGAGAGAAGGAAUACAGGAGAAGAAGAACCUGGAGUGAGUCCAAAUAGCGAGGGCUUUGUAUGUGAUACUUUUAAAGUAGAAGCAGGUGGACUGUGCUCUGAGAAAGAGAACUCUGCCAGGCAUGGUAUACAUUCAGUCAGUCCUUCCGAGGUAUCCCACACUGCUUCAUGUUUAGAACAUAAGACGGAGGUUUAUGGAAGGUGCAUCGGAGAGAUUAAGCGAAUGGAAGAUGGGAAUCGCCUCGAGUCUUUAGCAGAAACACUUACUGAAGGCUCAGAUGAUAGUCAUGCAUUUCAUAGUAAAGCUACCGAGCAUCAGGAGCAAGAACCUGUCUUAAAGGAACUUGAACUAACACAUAGAUUCAUACGAGAAGCUGUUGUACCAGUAGACUGUAAUGAGCAGGAAGAUGGAAAGGACAGUCAGGAUGUGAACUAUUCUGUUGUGCCCGCCGCUUCUGAGGGUUUUCCAGAAAAAUCAGAUCCACAAACUAAAGAAGAUGAAGGAUCUGGUGGUAUAGUAUUGCCAUCAGGGGGCAGUGAAACGGAUACUAAAUAUAUGUUUGUAACUGAUGCACAAAAACAGUGUGAGGCUUUGGAAUCCAUAAAGGACACAGACAACGUUGAAAUUGGUGGUGGCGGUAUUAGUUGUGCCUCCGAUGCAAGAAUCAAGGACGAGAUAAAUGCAUUUUUGAGUGAUCAAGUCGCCGCAUCUUCUGAUGAUGCAUCUUGUGUCCCAAGUUAUCAAUCACUUUCAGAUUCAAUAUUGUACGCUGGAGGUUUGAGCUGUAGUGCCGCAGAAAAUGAUUGGAAAGCGUCAAGUGAAACAGGAGCCGUUAUGGAGACCCCUAUAUCUCCUCCAGUAGUUUUACCCCGCAUGUUGUCUAGUCAAACUAAAGAGGAUGAUAGCAAUUUCAGUGAUCCGAGUGCAUAUGAUCUCGAGGGCAUCGAAGCUACAACGACGAUUACUCCAGAUUUGAAGCCGCUGCAUGAGGCGGAUCUUCAUAGUAAUUUUCCUAACAAGAGUGAACUAAUGCUGGAGAACCUUUCAGAGGAUUUCUCAGCUGACAAGGCUCCAGAUGCUUUGAAAGAUAAUAAUUAUAUGGCUACUGAUACUACAGCUGAGAUUUUGAGUCAGGUGCCACCUGUAGAGGAAAAUGCUCGUGGCUCGGAAGUUGGUCAUACUCUCUCCGAGUCUUCUCUGAAACUGAAUUUCCCAUCAGAAUCUGAAAAGGGUACCUUUGUUGUUCCUAAUUCUGACAACACAGUUGAAUGUUUGACAAAGAUGGAUAAUAAUGGUAGAAUAGGGGGUGAAAUUGCUUCUGCAUCUGGAAGUAAUGGUUCUGAGACUGUCAUGUCUUAUUCUCGAAGAAAGGGCCGAAACAGUAAACAGAGUAAAAGGGCUCGAACAAAACAGAGUGCAGCCCGUCCAAAAAAAUCCUCCAGAAAGAAGCAACCAGAAAAAAGCUUUGAAUCGAUUUUCAAGUGUUCAAAGCAGAAGAGGAGCUGUAUUUCAAAACCCGCUCGUUCCUCUGAAUGGGGAUUACCAAGUUGUACUGCCAAAAUUUUCUUGCAGAGUAACAAUCUUCCCUUCGACGAACAUUCAAAUCAAGGAUCACAGAAAUCUCAGAGCAAUCGAGGAAAUAUUGAACCUAGUAAAAGUUGCCGUAAUGGGCAUCCAGAAGGAUCUAACAUUAAAAGUCAAACGUCAAGUGGAUGUUGCCUUCGGUUGAAGGUCAAAUUUGGUAAAUUGGGUGUUCUAAAUCCUCUUAAUGUUACAGUUCCUGAGGUCAUUCACAACUCCUCAUCUGCUAAUGACAAUGGGAAGGUAGGAGCUGGUUUAGAAAUUCCACUGUCAGCCAACUGUGUCAAGGAGAAACUGCAAGCUUCAGGAAUCGGAAAACAGUCAGAAGGGUAUAACAUCCCAAUUGAGAACAUUUCUGUUGAGGAGCCAGCUGAUUCUCUUGUGGGUGUGAAGCUUGAGAGAGAUGACUUUGAUGCUCAGGAUAUAUGUCAGAAUCUGGCUGGAGAUGCUAUGGAUGAUGACCUGUCCUCGGGUAUAGUGGUUGAAGAGAGCAGAAAAGCAUCUGAAAACCACUAUAUGGGUGCUGAAACCUCACCAGAUUCGGAAGUUAUCAAUUCUGUGCCUGAUGCCAUCGACAGUGCUGGACAGCAAGGGGACUUGCACCAUACAGUUUUGAGCAUUCCUGAGGCAUCUGCCCUUCCUGCAGAUGCUAUCAACAGAAAGGAAGACAAAAACAAAGGACUGAAGAAAGACAAAAGCCUUAAUGCUUCUAGAUCUCUUGUGAAAAAUGGUUUGCCUCUUAUUGGCAGCCAAUACAAAUCCAAACAGCCAAAAAGCCAGCGAAAAGGAGAGAAAAAGAGAGAAGAUUCUCACGAUGGGGAUGUUGUUUCUCCUGUGUGUGAAAAAUCUUCAACAUAUACAUAUCUUAGGGAGGACUUCUAUGCUGAACGGAACUCUCUGCUAAGAGAGACCGAACUUGGAGUCAUGGAAGAGAGUUUGGAACUGGGGAGCUGCAAGGACGCUCAUCCAAGUAUCGAUCUACGGUUAGGAGGAUCACACAGUUCCAAGAAGGUGCUUGGGUCGGCUAAAUCCAAGGGCAGAUCCAAGAGCAAAGGGGCUCCUAAAACUUCAAAAUGUAAUGUAACAAAGAAGGGGAACUCCAAGACUUCUGGACCUUCCAAGAGCAGGGAAAGAAUUGAAUCUGGAGAGGGGGAAGAGAAACAAGGACCCCUUAAUCUGCGUACCGAAAAGGAAGAGGGUGGCUGCAAUGAAAUGGGGCGUGUAGAGUCACAUGAGACAACAGGCUGUCUGAUCAACAGAGAUGCUGUGAAAACCAGUGCUGUUAAUGGUGUCAUGUCACCAGAUAUCACCAAUGUGGAAAUGAUCUUGGGCAGAACAAUCGAGGAGAGUGCUUCCACAGAUAGUGCUUGGGUUCUAUGUGAUGAUUGCUUCAAAUGGCGACGGAUAUCUGCUUCUCUAGUAGGGAUGAUUGAUGAGAACAGUAGAUGGAUCUGUAUGAACAACUUGGAUAAAUAUUUUGCUGAUUGCUCAAUUCCUCAAGAGAUGUCAAAUGAAGAAAUUAACGCGGAGUUGGGCAUAACACAGGAUGAAGCAGAUGCAUACGAUGGUGAUGUGACAAAUAAGGAAAAGGGCAAGGGUCAAAAGUGCAAGCAAUUGUCAGGUAACCAAAAGGCAUGCUUCAAGGCUAUAAAAACAAACCAGUUUCUUCAUCGUAACCGUAAAACUCAAACAAUCGAUGAGAUAAUGGUUUGUCACUGUAGACCGCCUCCUGAUGGCCGGUUGGGUUGUGGUGAGGAAUGUCUCAAUAGAAUGCUUAACAUUGAAUGUGUUCAAGGUACCUGUCCCUGUGGAGAUUUCUGCUCAAACCAGCAGUUACAAAAACGGAAGUAUGUUAAAUUUGAGAGAUUCCAGUCCGGUAAGAAGGGUUAUGGCCUGAGAUUGCUUGAUGAUGUACGCAAAGGACAGUUCCUUAUCGAAUAUGUUGGAGAGGUGCUUGAUUUGCAAGCUUAUGAGGCUCGCCAGAAGGAUUAUGCUGCCAAGGGUCAGAAGCAUUUCUAUUUCAUGACGCUGAAUGGGAAUGAGGUAAUAGAUGCUGGUUCCAAGGGAAAUUUAGGGCGUUUCAUUAAUCAUAGUUGUGAACCAAACUGCCGUACAGAGAAGUGGAUGGUGAAUGGUGAAAUUUGUGUUGGAAUAUUUUCCCUGCAAGACAUUAAGAAGGGUGAAGAAGUGACAUUUGACUACAACUAUGUAAGGGUAUUUGGAGCUGCUGCCAAAAAGUGCUAUUGUGGAUCAUCGCAUUGCCGAGGUUAUAUCGGGGGUGAUCCUCUGAAUGGUGAUGUAGUCGUUCAAAGUGAUUCAGAUGAAGAAUCUUUUGAACCUAUAAUUCUUGAAGAUGAUGAAAUUGGGGAUGGCAUCUUAGAUGUAACAUCUAGGAUCUCCAUCGAUGGCGCUGAAGUACAAAUUCCGCGUAACCUGGCAAAGGUCAAUGGUUCCAAGGACCAUGCUCAUGAAGUAUCCAUAGAACCUUUGCAAAGGGAGAUCCUUCCAACUCUUCAGCCAAGUGAUGUCUCCAAGGAACAUACUGCUGCCAUAUUUGUACCUGCUGUGCAGCAGAAGGUUUCUGUUGAAGGGGAAAGUAUCAGUACAACUUCCACUUCUGUUUCUGUUAGCAAGCUGUCCGCUGACAGUACAGAAGCUGAUAAAAAGUCCAAGCAUGGUUCAGUAGAAGAUAAGAAGAUGUUUCCAAGAUCUUGUCCUCUAUUGAAAACUUCUCGUUCAGCUGGUUCUAGUAAGCGAGAUAAAGGAAGUAAUCGUCCCAGUCUAACAAAGACACAGAUUAUACCAGCCAAUAGGUUGCAACAGCAGCCUGUGAAAUCUAAAGGAUCAGAGCAAGCUUCCCCUAGCGGGCAGAUUGAAACAUUCGAGGGGAAACUGAACGAAUUACUGGACACUGAGGGGGGAAUCAGCAAGCGGAAGGAUUCAACAAAAGGCUACUUGAAACUUCUGCUUCUCACAGCAGCUUCCCGAGGCAAUGCCAGCAAUGAAGGAAUCCAAAGUAACCGAGAUCUUUCAAUGAUUCUCGAUGCCCUUUUGAAGACGAAGUCACGGUCUGUUUUGAUGGAUGUAAUCAACAAAAAUGGUCUGCAAAUGCUACAUAAUAUCAUGAAGCAAUAUCGACGGGAUUUUAAAAAGACUCCAAUACUCAGGAAACUUCUGAAGGUAUUAGAGUAUCUGGCUACAAGAGAAAUUCUUACACUGGAACAUAUAAUCAGAAGACCUCCUUGUCUUGGGAUGGAAAGCUUCAAGGACUCCAUACUGACACUGACCGAGCAUGAUGACAAACAGGUUCAUCAAAUUGCACGAAACUUCAGAGACAGAUGGAUUCCUAAGCCGUUUAGAAGACCUUAUUACUUGGAUAGGGAUGAGAGGUUGGAAUCUACACUAGAACCUAGUAACAGCAGACUCUCAGCAUCAAUGGCACCUCAGUUUGAUCAUCUGUCCUCAAGACCUAUAGAGCCAGUGGCCUCGGUCUUAUCGUCAAGAGCUGCAUCUUCUGAAACAGUUUCUGCAUCUGAAGGUGGCUCAGAACCUAAUUCCAAUGUUCCAGAAGCCAGCGGUACGAGAAUUCGCAAGCGUAAAAGUAGAUGGGACCAGCCAGCUAUGACAAAAGAACAAAGAAUGGAACCCUCCUUGCCUCAGAAGACGAGUGAAAUGAACGGAAACCAGGAUACACAAGACAACCUUCCUCCCGGAUUUUCCUCACCGCCGAAACAACCUUCCAAUAAAGAUCCUCCUGAUGCAGUAAUCUCACAGAUGCAAGGGAAGUUCCUUUCUCGGUUGCCCGUCUCUUAUGGAAUUCCAUGGAGCAUUGUUCAUGAAUUCGGUUCCCCCAACAAAGAAGAUCCAGACAGUUGGUAUGUUGCUCCUGGAAUACCAUUUCAACCUUUUCCACCUCUACCGCCAGUUUCACGGGAUGAAUUCUUCUCGAAGAAAAACGUGUCAGUCUCUGCAUCAGGCAACGAAGAUGGAAACUCGACUUGCUCACCCGUCUUCCACCAGGCCUGUUGGAACAUCCCAGGGGCUGAAACCAUCUCGGGGAACACCCGAAAGAGAUGGUUUUCAUCAGAUAUCGGACAAAGAUACUUCAGACAACAGAAGUGGAAUGUUCCUCCAUGGAUCAGGAGUGGUUUGGGAAAUAAUCAAGGGAAACAAUGUUAAGAGGAAAUACAAGUGGCCCUGAACCUGGCAAUACAUAACUUCUGAGAAAAAUUCAGUAACUCUUAUUGUUAAUGUUUUGACUGUGGUGGAUACAGGCUUUUGGUGAAAAGUGGAGUUUUGAGUCGUCUUGGUGAACGGUAUAAUUCUUCUCAACAACAGCAAACAGCUCUGAAGGGAAAAUACACUUUGAUUGAUUCAUGGGAAAUUCCCUGGACAGGUCUUUUGUGUUCUUCUUCCUUUUAGUGUAUCCUAAAUUCUUUUAUUUAAUGACAAAGACCUUUGAUUACAAGAAGAAAGAAAAACAUUUUAAUGUAUAAGCAUCACUUCCCUUA